UCAUUGCGGUGUCAUUAGUGCAGUAUACGUCAAUAGUGGCCAAUUUACUUGUUACGAAUACUACCCUACCCUAUCUUUUAUUUCUCUAUUCGUUUAUUUUCCAAAAUCUAAUUAUAAACACAAACAUAAAACAGUCUUUAUGUGUGUAUUUUGUAAAAGGACAAAGUAUUCAUAUAAGAGAAAGGUACUUGUAAUUUGAGAGAUUAAUAGUAAAAUAUUGCAAGUCUUUGUCCUUUAAUUGUGUUAGGAAUUACGUUCGAUUAUUGCAUACUUAAACCGAGCAACUUGUGGAAUGUCCGGACACAGAUAUUUAAGCAACACUAGUAAUUUAUUUGAAGAUGAAGAUGUCGACGAUGAUACUUUCGUCAAUAGUUACGCAUCCAGAAGGCCGCCCCCUCAGCCUAAAUCUCAAACGUCUUCGUAUAUCUCCGACUUGGAACGACAAAGACAAACCAUGCUUCAAAAACAGAAGGAAAUAGAGCAAAGGACUCUAGAUUCAUCUUCGAGGAGUAUAGGUUUAUUGCGAGAAUCUGAGCAAAUUGGAAUUGCUACUGCCGAGGAACUCGCCCGUCAAAGAGAACAACUACAAAAUACAAGCAGGAGACUGGAUGAUAUAAACACAAACUUGACAUACAGUCAGAAACACCUGAAUGGCAUUAAAUCAGUUUUCUAUGGCUUUAAAAAUUAUCUUUCUGGAAAAUCAGACCAGACACCACCAAAAAGUCAGGCAUCUCCUAGUUCCACUAGCAGUAAGCCAGGUCCAAGUGCAAGAUUGGAAGAGACCCUCGAUGGUUUGAGUGGAACAACACCAACAGAACGCUUCAGUAGUCACCCUACAACUCGAUUACGUGGCUUAGAUCAAGAUCAAGCAACUUUAGAGCCAAUGUCUGACACACAGCGCAUUAAUAAAAUGUUGGAUGCAAACUUGGAUGAAAUGGUACAUCACAUUUCAAGAUUAAAAGGUCUAGGAGUGGCUCUUGGGGAAGAAAUUGAAACUCAGAACAAUUUGAUAGAUGAAAUUCAUGAUAAAGUGGAUACAGCUGAUAUUAAAAUUGGUCACCAAAAUAAACAAAUGAAUAAAUUACUUGGCAAAUAAUAACAUUUCUUUGCCAUGCAUGAAUAAACUUUGAGAUUUAAUCGACUCAAUAUCCAAAAUUACUUCCAAAUUAUGUUAAAAACUGUAUCAAUGUUUUAUGUUAUGAUGCAUGUGUUAUACAUUAUUUUAACUUUGUUAUACCAUUGUUAGUUUAAAUGAAUAGAUCGGUCAAUGUCAAAUGGUAUGGGGAAGUAUGUUUAUCUUUUAGUUUUUUUUAUGUUCAUUGCUACAUGUAUCACCUUAUCAAUUAUUUUAAUACCACCACUGUAAUUAAUGUACAUAUUGUUUCACCUUCUUUAUUUUCUAUAAAAUGUACAUUCUGCAAAUAUAUACUGUUCA